AGACAGACAGAGACAUACACACACACACAAACACACACACAGCUGGGGUGGCCCCGUGAUGGUGGGACAGCUCAGGCUCGGGGCUAUGGACCAGCGGUUGAGUUGGAAACGCCAGCAGAGCCGGGAACAGGUGCUGAACUCCGGGCUGCCCCCCACCAGCCCCCUGUUCACCCUGGUCAACCCCAGCCGAGACCCCAGCCCUUUGGGCUGCUCCUCAUCCACCAGCCACUCGGCACAGACGAUCCCGUCUCCCGCCUCCGCUCGGCUCAGAUUGAACCCCGUCGUCUUCGGUGAGAGCAUCAAAAUCAACCUGGAGUCUGGUCAGGAGAUCCGGUGUAUCUCCAGGGUGAGGUACGGCUCGGAUCUGCAUUACCGUGACGGAGUGACGUACGUCCGGGUGCCCGUGCUCACGCGCUGCCGCGAGACAGUGAUGGCGGCCGCCGACUGCACCUGGCGAAACUACCGCUCGGAGCUGCUGCUGGAGCCACGGCUCCGACCGCACGCCUACCACAGCACCGCCAUCGUCUUCCCCAAACACGCCAAGUACACGUACAGGACCACGCUAACCCAGCGACACGCCACCGCCACACCCUGGUUCACGGUCAGUGUGACACUGGAAGCCCACAGAGGGGACAAGUGACGAGUGAACCCCAUUCACUCUCCCCCAAUAAACUCACUCCCAUCGCCUCGCUCCCCCACUCACUUUCUCUCUCCCCCCCCCCA